AUGUACGGUGCAGUCAGUGAUUCGUAUGUAGCUGCCUUCCAGCCUUCCGAUGCGAACUACCCCCGAGUCCAGACUCAGGGAUGCCCGGCACUGCCCGCCUUUUCUCCUCAUUCGUACCAGUGUACGCUGCUCCAGUAUUCAGUUCCCAGCACCUCACCCGUUAAUGCGAAACCGUAUGUGAUUAUCGUCAUCAUCAUCAACCAUGGUGGUGCUAGUCACGCCCUCAUAAUCAAGCUCCUGCUGUUUUUACUGUCCCGUACAAGGGUCCUGCUCAUAUAUAGUGUAGAGUCAGUGUCGGUCAGCUGGUGCCGAUACUCCCUGCCUGAGCGACUGACCUCAUUGCUCGCCAUCCCGAGCUUCGCUGAUAAAUCGAGGACAACGACUUAA